AUAAGGAUUUAUUUUUAUCUCCGUCUCAGAAGAAUUUAAUUUAUACAAAUUUAAUAUUACUUGUGAAUUCAUUGCAUUAAAUACCCUAGCGGUACUAAGGUACUGUAAAUAUGUCUUCAUAUUUCGAAAGACAGAAGAGUCUGUUUAACACUUUAAAAGAUGCUGAAGAACAAUAUAGCUUUUCGAAAACAAACAAGGCCUCCCCUGAUACAGAUUAUGGAAUUAUUGAUAGGAGUGCUUAUCGAAAACUUAAAAAUGAAAUGAAGAAAUUCGUUGGAAAAGAGAGCAUAUUUAAGCGUCCAGAAGCAAAACUACGAAAUUGUCUUCGUUCAAAAACGGUACCUGAUCAUGUAAAGAAUCCUGAUAAAUGGGUUUAUUACUCUUUAUCAGAUGUGACUGCUGAACAAAUGUCUGAUGCUACCAACACCGCAACGGCAUUAGCACUGAUACGUGAAUUAGAAGAAAGAAAUAUUGAAAAACAUGCAAUGGAUGAAGAUUCACAUGAAAGUCUUGUAUUUAAAAAACCUAUUUUCAAAGCAUCUAAGACACUGAAGGUCAAACCUAUUGAAGAUGAGGAAAAGCCAAUAGUUAAACAAAACAAAAUCAUAAUGCCAGAAUAUGUUGUUGGUGUAUCAAAGAAAAAAGAGAAGAAAAACAAAGUUCAGGUAUCUAAUGACAACUCAGAUAGAACAAAGAAAGUAGAGUUAAAAUUAAAUCAUCUCACAGAUAUGGAUGAUGACUGUGAUGACUAA